AUGGACACAAUGCAGAUGGUGAAAUCGGUUCCGGUUUGGGUUCGAUUAAACGGCUUGGGGCUUCAAUAUUGGGGUCGUAAUAGUCUAAGUGCUCUAGUUAGCACUAUAAUCAAACCCAUUAUGAUUGAUCAAGUUACUCGUGAUAGAUCGAUGGUCAAAUUUGUGAGAGUCCUUAUUGACAUGGAAAUCUCUGAGACCCCCCCUAAAACUAUCUCGUUUGUUAAUGAAAGAGAUCAGCUAGUUGACCAAUUGGUGGAGUACGAAUGGCUUCCUUCUAAAUGCAAAGCUUGUGACUGUUUGGGUCACACUGUGGUGAAUUGUUCGAAGGAUAAAGGGUACAUUUGGGUUAAGAAGUCCAAUCCAGAUACUAAGAAACCAAAGAUGGUUGCUGAAAAGAAUAUGGCUGAACCAUCUGUUGAUAAUAAGCAGGCUACUACUUCUCAGGAUGCCUUAAGUGAAUCAGCUGCUGUUAUUGGAAUUUCUGCUACUUCUCAGGAUGCCUCUCAUUCAUGCGAAACAACUGCUAUUACUGUAAACAAGUCAGCUAAUUCUAAUGUAGGUACAGCAGCAAAGCAAGUUACUGUUAGUAAAACAGGGGUGGCAAAGGAUAUAGGAACGGGGGGCAAGUGGAUAACGCCAAGAAGGAGAGGUACCACGACCAAUACUAUAACGCCCUAA